GCCAUCGAGAAAGAGCAAAGACAAAGAGGUUUAGCCAGCCCAAACUGAGCAUGUAGAUGACAGUCCACUCCACUCUGAGGGUGAAAACGAUCCCAUCACUUUUCUCCCAGUGUCACUUCUGGCAGAACGGUCCUAUGGGAAUCUAGUACUUAAGGAGAAAGAAGCAGACCAUGGGGGUGACUUUGCUGAAUCAAGUAAUGUGUUUAGAGGUAUGACUGAACGUCUGGAUUUAGCAUUCAAAGAACAAAACCAAGCUAUGCGGAGACUUGUUAAGAGUCAAGCAGAAUCCUCCAGACGUCAAGAAGAGAUAAUUAGACAAUGUAUGGAAGACAUGAGAUGGGUCUUUGAAGAAGGCACUAGGGUGAUGCGAGAAACUGGGGAAGAAAGUCGUAGAACACUACAAGCUGUUUCAGAACAAGUGAUUCAGGAAGCCCCAAUCCCAGCACUCGGGGAGCAAGGGAAUCAGCCUCAUCCUAACAUUCAACAACAGAAUUUCUUCAUGGGUGAAGGACAAAGACAACAUGAACCAAUGGAGGCUGCUGCUCUUGUUGCAGACCACGGCCAUCAACCUCAGCAUAGUUUGCCUCAAAAUUCAGUCUUCUCUUGGAGGCAAAUGGAGGACUUGUUUCAUACUCAAUUUUAUCGUUGUGAAUCAGAAGUGUCUAUGGCAGACUUGUCGAGGUUAGCCCAAAAGCCUGGAGAGUCGUCUGAGGCAUUCCUUGCUAGGUUUCGGAGAGCCAGACUGAAAUGUCGAGUUGCAUUACUAGAACAGGAAUUUGUCAAGCUAGCUCAGAAUGGUCUGGACAUUGAGUUCCGAUGGAAAUUUGAGGGGAUGGAAUUUCGAUACUUCUAUGAAUUAUCUUAUAAAGUGGCUCAGUAUAAAAAUCUGCUGAAAGAAGAUGUUCAAAAGAAAGCUGCAUCACAUGGAACCUAUUACAGUGACCGUAAUUUUGAUCAUGAUGUGGUUGAGGUGGUUGCAGACAAGCCUGUUGUUUGUCUAGACCUUGUCAAACCAACUCACCUACCUGAGACAUCUGUGAGACACAAAGCGAAAGAAACCAUGGGAGUGGAUGAAGACCCCUUUCUAGUUGUGUUUGUUGGCGUGAAUGUUGCAGACCUCAAGAGUGUUGCCAGAAAUCGUAGUCUGCCUUAUGCUCAAAGGAACCUUGUUGCUGAAGACUUGAGGUGGGUUCUUGAGGCACAAAGAUCCAGACAUAGCAGAAGCAUCAGGUUAGACCAACAAAGGCUUGGGAGGCAAGGAAGGAUCAUUGUGACCAGGAAUUUUAGCGCAGAAAGUGGCAGGCGUUACUCAAAUGGUACUAGAUCUCCAAGGAUGGUCAAACCGCCACUUAGGUCACCUUCCAGACGGUGGAAGAAAGUCAGUCAUCCCAAGUUUCCAGCCCAGAAUUCUAGAACCUUGAGGCGCAGACUGCCACGCCAACCUACAAAGAGGAACAUGGUGUGGGUGAGAAAAGAAAAAAAUGAGAUUGUAACCCAAACUCUACCGAAGGGGGAUGAUCAAUCUCCAGCCUCUCCAAAGGUGGCAUCUGUCAUUGUGAGUCAAGAUGGAGUUUUGAAAGUAACUUUUGAAGCACAAGAACAGUCUGGGAAUCGUGGAGCUGAAUCAAAAGAAGAUUGGACUAUUCAUUUUGGGGAAUUCUCAGUGAAGUUGUCAUGUCUGGUGCUGACAUUGCCCUUGGUUUUCCAAGCUAAGAAGGAGGAGGAACCAAUCGUCUGUGAGUUCCCAGAACAGACAGAAAAAGAGGCAAUCGUUGUUCUAGCUCAGGAUAAUGAAGAGCAGGACAUGGCUAACAAAAUAGUGUUUGAAAAACUAGAAGAAAAGAUGGCCAGACACAUUAGGCCACUUUAUAUCAAUGCUCACAUGGAUGGGACUCCAAUCAGCCGUGUCUUGGUGGAUAAUGGAGCUGUAGUCAAUGUCCUUCCAACUUGCAUGCUCUACAAAAUAGGUAAGUCUCUUGAUGAUUUAGUGCAUAUUGAGGGUGAUGAAAUAACUUUGGAGGAGUUGGAUCUUGCCCUAGCCAAGUUAGAUGAUUUAAAAGCUGAAGUUCAAGACCCACUAAAGGAGAUCAAUCUAGGGUCUGAAAAAAUGCCAAGUUUGGAUCGGAAAUUGGUGGAACAUAAACUGCCAAUUGCAAAAGGAUUCAAACCGUAUAAACAGCCGCCUAGACGCAUGUCUGCAGAGGUCACCUUGAAGGUUAAAGAAGAAAUUGAGCGGCUGGUAAAAGUUGGAUUCAUUCGGACAUGCAGGUAUGCAGAAUGGUUGUCAAAUGUAGUGCCUGUGCUGAAAAAGAAUGGAAAACUAAGAGUCUGUGUUGAUUCUCGAAACUUGAAUUUAGCUACACCAAAGGAUGAGUAUCCUAUGCCAAUUGCAGACUUGUUGGUUGAUGGAGUAGCCCGUCACAAAAUUCUAUCUUUCAUGGAUGGUCAUAGUGGGUACAACCAAAUUUUUACUAUAGACGCAGACGUUCCAAAAAUAGCCUUUCGAUGCCCAGGUGCUGUUGGAACUUUUGAAUGGGUUGUGAUGUCAUUUGGUCUGAAGAAUGCUGGAGUUACCUAUCAAAGAGCCAUGAAUGCAAUUUUUCAUGAUAUGAUUGGUAAGUUCAUGGAAAUCUAUAUUGAUGAUGUUGUGGUGAAGUCACAUAGGGAAGAAGACCACCUGGUCCAUUUGAGGAAGGCUUUUGAGCGGAUGAGGCAACAUGGCUUGAAAAUGAACCCACUAAAGUGUGCCUUUGGAGUGUCUACGGGUAACUUCCUUGGGUACUUGGUGCAUGAGCGUGGUCUGGAGGUUGACAAGAACAAAGCUAGGGCUGUGAUUGAGGCAAAACCACCACAGAAUAAGAAGGAGUUGCAGAGAUUUCUUGGCCAAGUUAAUUUCUUAAGACGUUUCAUUUCUAACUUGGCUGGGAAAACUAGAGUCUUUUCUCCUCUAUUGAAACUCAUGUCUGAGGCGGAUUUUAAAUGGGAAGAACACCACCAGUCUGCCUUUGAUAUGAUAAAGCGACACGUGCCCAGAGACCAGAACUAUGAAGCUAAUGAAAUGGCCCAGAUUGCUUCAGGUCAGCGAAUUCUUGAAGGUGUAAUGCAUAAAGUUGUAAUAGUUGAAAAACGCAGUCUACCAUCAAUUCAUCAAUGUGGCAUGAUAGUUUCUACUUGCAGCAUUGAUGUUACCCAGACAGACUGGCGCUUUCCAAUUAUUCAAUACCUUAAGGAUCAGAGAAAUAAGGUAUCUAGGAAAACCAAAAUGCAAGCUCUCAAUUAUGUCUUGGUUGAGGAUGUGCUUUAUAGGAGAGGCCAUGAUGAACUACUGCUGCGUUGUCUGGGUCCAAAUGAAAGUUCCCAGAUGUUGUCUGAUGUCCAUCAUGGGAUUUAUGGUGCACACCAGGGCUACAAAUCUUGUCAGAUCCAUGGGCCACUUCAAAGAGUUCUAGCCUCUGAACUUAAUUCUAUUGUGAAACCGUGGCCAUUUCGAGGCUGGGCUGUUGACUUGAUCGGUAAGGUGUACCCCCCUUCAUCAAAAGGUCAUUCAUUUAUUAUAGUGGCAACGGAUUAUUUUACCAAAUGGGUGGAGGCUAAACCAAUGAAGAAGGAAGAUCAAUUUGAUGUAAUCAAGUUCAUCAAAGAGGACAUUAUUCACAGAUUUGGUCUGCCAGAAACAAUUACAACAGACCAAGGCACAGUUUUUGUCAGCCAUCAAGUGGAGGCAUUUGCAAAGGAAAUGGGUUUCGUCUGUUAAAUUCUACUCCUCAUUACGCACAAGCAAAUGGGCAGGCGAAGGCUUCUAAUAAGGUGGUUAUUAAUUU